AUGGGAUGUUUCAAAUCAAAAUUAAGUGAAAAAGCUGAUUCUUUGAAAUCACAAAAUUCCAAAAAUUCGCAGAAAGAAUUUCGAUUUGCUGGUGGUAGAAGAUUUCAUAAUGUAAAAGAUUCCGUAUAUUACCUACCAAAUGAUGAAGAAGAAUCAGAUAGAUUACACUUACAACACUUUAUGAUAAGAUAUAUCUUUCAAAGCAAUUUUUCUGCUCCCAUCGAACAUAUUUUGUCUGAACCGGAAGUCAAAAUUCUAGAUGUUGGGUGUGGCGCAGCUUCUUGGUCAUUUGAUAUGGCAACCACAUAUCCGUGGGCAGAAAUUGUUGGGUUAGAUAUGUCCCCACACCAACCUACUCAGAUAAAACCUAAAAAUUUCACUUUCGUUAAAGCAAAUGUCCUAGAAGGAAUACCAUUUGAUGAUAACACUUUUGAUUUUAUAUUUCAACGAUAUUUGGUUUCUGCAUAUUCAAAAGAGAAGUGGCCAUAUGUAAUAAAUGAAUUGGUUAGAGUUUUAAAGCCAGGUGGAUACUUAGAGUUAUGCGAAUUUUCUUAUCUAUUUGAUGCUGGACCUACAGAUCAACGUUUAUGGUUUACAUCUGCGAGAAUAUGUGAGGAACGAGGCGUAGAUUGGAACACAUACGAAAAGUUAGAAGAAUAUGCACAGAAUCAAGGACAAUUAGAAAAUAUUGAAAAAGAUAUAAAGCCAUGUUAUCAUGGUGUAAAGUCAAAUGAUAUUAAACUUAGUAAAGUGGCUAUCAAUCAUAUGACUUAUUUGUAUGAAUCCCUUAAGCCAUAUGUAUCAAAAAGGUUGCAAAUUUCUGAUGAUGAAUAUGAUGAAUUAGUUAAAGAAUCGAAAAAAGAGGAAUUUGAGUAUGACAUGUAUUACUAUAUAUGUAACCAGAUUCAAGCACAAUUGCAAGUUUGGUUCGGAUUUGGAUUCAAAAUCUGUGAAAACAUGUUGGGUUCAAUGCAUGGAUGGGGCUCCAAUAAUGUUGAAUCAUUUCUGCUUUAA